AUGGAGGCAGCGUCUGCGCGCAUGGCAACCCGCGAUCGCUACGGCAUAUACGGAGAGGCACCGACUUCACAACUGCAGCGCUAUAUAUUGCAAGCAUGUGAUCCGCAAAACUUUGAGCCCAAUCUGGCCCUGAAUCUCGAGAUCACCGACCUGAUCAACAGUAAGAAAGGCACAGCGCCCCGAGAAGCGGCCGUCACAAUUGUACACUAUGUCAAUCACCGCAAUCAGAAUGUCGCCCUCCUCGCGCUCAACCUCCUCGACAUAUGUGUCAAGAAUUGCGGCUACCCUUUCCACCUCCAGAUCAGUACCAAAGAAUUCCUUAACGAGCUUGUCCGCCGCUUUCCUGAACGUCCGCCUAUUCACUCGUCGCGAGUACAGAACAAGAUUCUCGAGCUCAUAGAAGAAUGGCGGCAAACCAUAUGCCAGACAUCGCGCUACAAGGACGACUUGGGCUUUAUAAGGGAUAUGCAUAGACUGCUGAGUUAUAAGGGAUAUAUCUUCCCGGAAGUUCGCAAAGAAGAUGCCGCAGUGCUCAAUCCGAGCGAUAACCUCCGGUCGGCAGAAGAGAUGGCAGAAGAAGAACGAGAGGCGCAAUCCGCAAAACUGCAAGAAUUGAUCCGUCGGGGUGGACCUGCAGACCUGCAGGAAGCCAAUAAGCUUAUGAAAGUCAUGGCUGGAUACGAUACCCGAAACAAGACCGAUUGGCGGGCAAAGGCUGCUGAAGAGGUUGGCAAGAUACAACAAAAGGCCAGAAUCCUGGAGGAAAUGCUGCAAGGUUACAAGCCGGGCGAUCAGAUCAAAGAGGGAGAUGUUUUUGAAGAGCUGGCCAAUGCCCUUCAGAAUGCGCAACCUAAAAUCCAGAAGAUGUGCGAGGAGGACUCUGAGGAUCACGAGGCCGUGGCGAAACUAUUUGAGAUCAACGACAGUAUACACCGGACGAUACAGAGAUACAAGCUUUUCAAGAAGGGAGACAUCGAGGCUGCCAACAACAUCCCUCAGGGAACGCUUGGUCGCAGUGGUGCUGGAGUAUCUCAAGGCCCCAACAACACAUUAAACCUGAUUGAUUUUGGAGAUCCGGAACCUACACCGCAAGCAGGAGGAUCAUCACAGGCUCAGCAACAAGCACCAGCUGUAGGAAACGCACUUGAAGAUGAUUUGUUGGGCCUGUCGUUGAGCGGAGAGACCUACGGACAGUCGGGUAGCAUAGCUUUGGGUGGUUCAAAUGGCUCAGUUCUUGGUCUGUCUGGCAUGGCGGCGCCGCAAAAGGCAACCAACCAAGCCAUAACCGAUCUCUUCAAUGCAGGACCAAAGUCAACUCAACCGCAAGUCGCAUCGCCCCCUCCAUCUUCCUUUUCAACGCCUCCCCCACAGCCGGCUCGCACACCAGACCCAUUUGCUGCUCUCGCCUCUACCCCUCGACAAGCCUCACCCUUCCAGUAUCAACAAUCAGUUAAGCCACCAGCUGUUGCUUCUGGUGCCGUUGAUUUACUAGGCGUUGGCGUCGCCGCCGCGCCGGCAGCAAACCUCGCACAAAGCACUGAUGCUGCUAAUGACGACGAUGAAUGGGAUUUUGCUUCAUCUGUACCUGAUACCUCGAAGGAAUUGACCGUCACUAACACAAGCAUCAACGUUCUUUUCAACAUUUCGAGAGAAACAGAUACAGUUUUGCUGAUCCAGUCACGGAUAUCCAACAACACUUCUUUGCCAGUCUCUAGCUUGACGUUCCAAGUGGCUGCCUCAAAGGGUGCACAACUCCAGCUUGAACCCCAAUCAGGCGUCAAUCUCGGGCCCAAUCAGAAAUUCGGCAUCACACAAAACAUACGCGUGAACAAUGUCCAAAGAGGUUCGGGUAACAAUGUGAAGAUGAGGUGGAAGGCUUCGUACUCGCUUGGAGGACAGCAGAAAAACGAGAUGGGUGAGAUUACGAGCCUUGGAGUUCCAUAG